AUGAGAAAGAAUGGUAUCUGUUACCGAUGUGGGCAUAACAACUGUGUUGCUGGCAAGCCUCAACAUGACCAAAACUCUUGUCAGUUUGUUGCUUCAUGCAGAGUCCAAACGUGUGGCAGUGACUCACACUUCGCAGCUGUCUGCCCUGUCAUAUACGGAGAGAGUGGUCAAGGUCCUGCAAACCAAACACGCAACACUAUGGAAUCUUCACGUUCAACCUCAAUCAACGUGACAACAGCCCACACCAACGAGACAGGGAAGCUUCAAAGCACUUUACCUACUGUUGUUGGUUAUCUACGAUGUGGCGAUGUCCGGCACCUGGUGCGCAUCCUUUUGGAUGGUGGUAGCCAAGCUACACUGUUAAGGGAAGGGAUUCUUCCAAGGACAGAGAGAUGCCUUUUCCAGGACCAUGAUCUGAGUCUUGUUGGUGGCAGCAAGAUAACAAGGAAAUUGAGACUGUUGGACUGCUACAUUGAAGAUAUUGCAGGGAAUUGGUCAUGUCCUUUAACCAUGACAGAGAUAAAUCAACCCUGCGGUGAUACUCCUAUUGUACUACCAGAACAGCUUCGGCAGUAUGAGCAUCUGAGCGCCAUUGAUAUCCAUGCUGCCCCAUCCGAAACCAUCGACGUACUCCUUGGUGUGGACAACACACACUUGAUGAUCUGGGAAGAAUACAUCCUUGGCGAAAAGUUUGAUGAUCCUGUCGCUGUAAGAUGCCCCUUUGGCUGGUUUGUUCAAGGAGGACGGUCUACAAAUUCAACUUCACUGCUGAACUACAUCAAUGUGUCAGCCAUUGGACCAUUGGAAGAGUUCAUAGGUCUGGAGACUGUGGGUCUGGAGCCCAAGAAGUGUAAGUGCUCCUCAGAUGUAUUGGACAAAGAAGCAACUGAGGCAAUGCAACGGAGCGUAACUCAGCUUUCUGAUGGAUCGUACGAAGUCAGACUGCCAUGGAGGAAGUCACCCGAUGACCUGCCGGACAACUACAACUAUGCUGUCAAAAGGUUGAGAAGCCUUGAGAAUCAGUUUAAAAACAGGCAUGAAGAUUGGGACAUCUACUGUAGACAGAUGAGAGACCUGUUAAAGAGGGGUGUUUCGCGCCAUGUCUCAGAAGAGGAGCUACAGCGAGACAGAAGCACUGGAAAAAGGAUGUGGUUCCUGCCACAUUUCGCUGUCACCAAGGACUCGAAGACAACUCCUGUCAGAGUGGUAUAUGACGCGAAGGCCAGGUUCCAGGGCCACUCAUUGAAUGACUACCUCAUGAAAGGUGAGAAUAUCAACUCUGAUCUCUUUGAAGUUGCCCUGAGGUUCAGGGAGAACGAGGUGGGCAUCAUUGCAGACGUCAGCAAGAUGUUUCAAGCCAUAAAAAUCAAAUCUGAUGAUGCUCGAUUCCACAGGUUUGUGUUUCGAGAGAAUUCUAGCCACCCAAUUCAAGUCUACGAACUGACAACUGUCACCUUUGGGGACAAGCCCUCACCAACUGCCGCUAUAGUCACACUUAGACAUGUGGUAGAUGAACAUGCACCGGAAGACGACAAACUCAAGGAAGUGGUUGCCAGGCAGUUCUACGUUGAUGACCUCAAUGAAUCUGUCACUAAUGUCCCAGAGGCUCUAGAGCUCAAAUCUAAGCUUAGCAAGACUCUUCAGAAAGGCAACUUCACCAUCAGAAAAUGGCAAUCGAAUGCGACAGAAGCCUGCGACGAAACAGAAGACAGCACAGAUGCCACUGCCCUGGGCACUAAAUGGAACCUCUCAAAAGACACGUUGAGGGUAAAGGAGGUGAAGUCGACUCUACUUGUUCCUACCAAGCGCAAUACCCUGGCCCAAACUGCUUCGUAUUACGAUGUGUUUGGCAUGUUAUCUGGGCUCCUCGUUAGACCGAAGAUUCUCCUGCAAAAGCUAUGGCAGCUAAACCUAGACUGGGAUACCCCUCUAAACGACAAGGGUGAGCUUUGUGCCAUUCUACGAGACACCAAUAGAGACUUGGAGGAGGUAGCUAGCAUUGAGAUUCCAAGGUGCUUGAUCCCAGAGCCUUUCAAGGGGAUAAGGCCUUUACCAGAAGUGUCCCUGCACGGAGCAAGCGAUGCUUCAGAAGAUGCCAUGGGUAUUGGUGUUUGGCUACGAUGGUCUCACCCUGAGGACACUGAAGCACAUCUAUCAUUUGUAUGUGCAAAAGCCAAACUCACUCCACUGAAGCAGUCUAGCAUUCCUCGAAAGGAACUUCAGGCGAUCCUUCUGUUGUCGAGGCUCAUGCUUACUGUGAAGAAAGCCUUGCGGCUCAACAUCGCCUAUUCAAAGAUCUGGACAGACAGCAUGACUGCCAUUAGCUGGGUAAGAGGUCAAUCCAAGUCCUUCCUGUCCUACGUCGCAUAUCGUGUUGGCGAGAUCACAACAGAGUUCGACCCCAUCAAGGACAUUGCAUAUGUACCAUCAGAUCAGAAUGUUAUCGAUCUGGUUUCCAGAGGAGGAACUGCCAAUGAAAUGAGACGAGUCAUUUAG